UAUUGAUUGGUGAUAUAGGUAUUGCAUUUGUUGCAAUUUUGUUUCGUCCAUUUUGUAUAAAAGCAAGGUAAAGUAUUGAAUUUAGUUUAGUUGUUAGAAUAAAUAUUGGAAGAAGAUGUAUAAAUUACUGAUUUGUUGUGGAUUAGUGGCAUUUUGUGCUACUGUCUUAGCCUUACCAUAUGGAGGCAGUCAUAAGAACUCUAUUGGAUCACCAGAUGGAAACGGAGGUGGCGGUGGUGGAGGAAAUGAUGGUGGAGGUUGGGGUGGUUCCAAAGGAGGAGGAUUUGGAGGUAAUUCAGAUUAUAACAGUGGUCAAGGAGGAGGUCAUGGUGGUGGAUUCGGAGGUGGAUCAGGAGGUGGCUCAGGAGGCGGUUUAGGAGGUGGUUCAGGAAGCGGUUUAGGCGGCGGUUUAGGAGGCGGUUCAGGAGGCGGUCAAGGUGGUGGUGGAGGAGGUGUACACGGUGGUGGUGGUGGACUUGGUGGCGGCCGAGGUGGUGCCCACGGUGAUGGAAUGGAUGGUGGUCAAGAUGGUGGUCAAGGAGGUGGUGCUGGAGGCGCUGGAGGCGCAGGAGGUGCAGGAGGUGCAGGAGGUGGUCACGGUGGCGGUCGUCAAGGAGGUUUAGGAGGUUUUACUGGUUCAGGAGGUCACAAUAGAAAUCCAAGCUUUGGUGGCGGUAGUGGUGGAUGUCAGCUUGGAGGUCCUUGCGGUGGUGGAGGCCAUGGGGGUGGUGGUCACGGUGGCCACGGUGGUGGUCAUGGUGGUGGUCAUGGUGAACAUUCAGGUGGUUAUAAGAGUCAUGGAUAUUAAAAUUAUUAAUUGUUAGUCUAUUUUUAAGCUUUUAACUGUAAAUAAAUACACAUUUAAAAAAAACUUUCAGUCUUUUGAUGUAAGUCUGAAAUGGAAAUUUGACCUAUUUUUAUUGGUAUUUAAUUCUGUUUAAAUUCCGGUUUCUGCUUAUCAGUUGAUUGAUAAGCUUUGACUUCUGAUAUAAAUCAAAAUUUCUGGUUUUUUUUUUUUUUUUAAUUUUUACUUUGGUAUACAUCAAGACCUAUAUAAUAGUUAUUUUUUUUUUUAAUUAUCUCUUAUUGAUGAAAAGAAUAAACCCAAACAAAAGAAGUCUUAGAUUCUUACACAUUUUUUGUAUAAAAGCAACAUUUUCGUGAGAUAGUUUUAAUUAAUUGAAGUUAGAUCAUCAUUUUAAGCACAUCUUAUUUUCAAAAAUGAAAUUCCUUGCGUUAUUUGUUACACUUUUUGUCGUCAUUUUUACUGUUACUGCUGUAAGGGGACACAUUCAAAAAGGACAUGAUGAACAGAAAGGAGAUAAUCCAAAAACUCCAAAAAGAUUUGGUGGGACAUGGGGAGGCAGUGCUGUAAGAGAUCGCCCUUAAUUCGAACAGCAGCCUAUACAUGGAAAACAAGGGAACCACGGGCAUUAAUUACUUCUGUUAUGACUCUUAUUCAGAUGUUCUUAGAUUAAGUCGAUAAAUAAAAGAAUUUUUUUUUUUGUACGUGAUCAACUAAAAA